UGAACAGUCGACAACAACCAUUGAGUCAGAAUAAAGCGGUUGCACUCCCGAAAUUGGUUGCAUUUUUUUAGACUAAAGAAUAAAAAGAAUUUUCUUCUUAAUCAGUUUCAGAACAUAGAGUUAAAGAAAAAAACCAAGAAGAAAAUCGAAAAAAAAAAUCAAAAUUUAAAUAAAAUAACCGAAUUGUACUGAAAUCAAACGCUGACGAAAAAUCGAAGUAAAAAAUGAAAGCAUUACUUUUAGCCUAUUACCUCAGUGUAUAUUCAACUGUCGCCUUUCCUGGUGUUGGCUUCGUAAUGCCCGAUCAAUAUUAUUUUAUUCCGGAUGGCCCUGAAAAUGCGGGUGGUUCCGUGACAGUUUACGAUCCAGCCACUGGUUACAUCCAAUCAACUGGUGAAAUCCACACACUUCCAAUCGCAUUUGGUGUAAGUCCAGCAGAUAUUCAACCAAAUCCUACAGAAUUCGGAUCAUCAGAUGUUCCUUCAUUCGAUGGAAGACCGCAGUUUGGAUCAGAUACAGCACCUCUGCCCGCUAGUAAAACGGAUAAGAUGAUUGCUUCUCUCCAGUCAAUAAGUCAACAAGAGGAAGAUUUAAUCGAAAAACAAAGGGAGGUUCAAAAUGCAUUAAAAAAUUUAGUGAUUACCAUACAAAAUGAUAGUUCUUAAUUUUAUUUUGAUGGAUUUAUUCCUUAGUUUUAGUUUGAUACAAAAAUUGGAAUAAUGAAUGUUUAUGAACAUUAUUUUAUCUCUAGCAAUAAAUAUAUUCGUGUUACAUUGUAUUGUUUCUUAAC